CUUCCUUUUUCUGUUAUUGAUAAUCCUUAUUUUGUUGCUAUGUUAAAUUUAUUUGAUAAUCGAUAUCAAAUACCUUGUCAACAAACUAUACAAACUGGAAUAUUAAAUAAAUAUAAAAGUAUGUAUAAAACUGUUCUAAAAAAACUUAAAAAGCCUAAAAAAGUAUCAAUUACUUGUGAUAUUUGGAGUUCAAUUAUAAUGCAAUCAUAUCUUAGUAUUACAGUACAUUUUAUUAAUAGUGAAUGGCAAUUAAGACAUUUUUUACUUGAUCUUUGUCUACUUACUAAAAAGCAUACAGCUAUAAAUAUUCAACAAACAAUUGAACAAGUAUUAAAUGAGGCUAACAUUACUGAAAAAUUAUUAGUUCAUCAACGAUGUGCUGCAUACAUACUUAAUCUUGCUAUACAACAUGGAUUACAAUUAGUAUCACCAGUUAUAAAAAAAGUUAGAGAUUUUGUAAUAAAAAUUUAUAUAGAAACCUGGUGGAAUAGCACUUAUCUUAUGUUAGCAAAAUUUUUAAAGAUGAAAGAUAUGUUAGAUAUUUUUGUUGCUAAAAAUAAAAAUCUUUCUCCUUUAUAUUUACAAGAUGAUGAAUAG